GUCACUCUCGAUCAAGCACGGCGCAGGUGUGGCCGUAUGCUUUCCGUGCCUUUGUCGUAAAAAAUAAAGUCAAUAAAAACGAAGUGUAUCUUUUUAAUUUGUGUUUGUUUUGUAGCUGCUAGUGCACAUUGUACAAGGAAAGCAAGUGAUCUGUACGAUGCGACCAUUUUUGUUAGUGUUAUGCUUGGUGGUGGGCCUGAGUAACGCGCGAUGGCUGAGACGAGGCCGCACAGACCAACCAAAAGAGACCAGCUUCAUCGGAGAAGCAACUAACGAACUUUCUACUACUAUCUUUCAGGGUUACAUAGAUGAUAACAGAAAUAUUGCUUUUUCGCCUCUUGGAUAUGCAACUAUUCUUGCCAUUUUAGCUGAAGGAGCCAAAGGCGAAACAAGAAAUCAGCUAAUCACAGCAUUGCAUUUGCCAGAAGACCAAAAUCUUACCAGAAAAACUUUCCGUUAUAUAAUGGAAAGGCUUAAAAACACAAAUGAAUAUAAAUAUAACCAACCUGAAUUGAAAAAUUUCUUUUAUAUUUACAAAAACUAUACCAUUAACGAGGAUUACAAAAAGAUUUUGGAAGAUUAUUAUCUAACAGAUGUUAGGUCAGUAGAACGGUAUAACUCAGGAAUGAUAAAGACGGAUGAUACCAAUACUGACAGUGAAGCAAAUGUUGAACUGCCCAAGAAAAAAGAAGAUAGUGAAAUAAAGGAAGUUAUUCCUGAGCUUGUACCUCCUAAAGAAACAGAAGAGAAAUUUAUCUCUUUCGCUGUCGAGGAUAAACCUGAAAAAGUUGACAUUUCACAAACAGAAUAUAAACCGGCAAAGAACAUUAAGGAGAAGAUCAAACUAGUUAAGGCAUAUUCUAAAAAAGGAAAAGAAGAAUCGGACGACGAAGAAGAAACGAUGGUAGCUGUUGAAGCAAGAAAUCAUGCUAGGAGCUUGAAAAUCCUGCAAGAUAAAAAUGAUAUUACUUCAAGUGUAUCUGUCAAUAGCGUUGGGAAAAAAUCUAUUAAAACUUCUACAAUAGAUUCUCUGAUGAUUAUCUUCAAUGGAAUGUACUUCCGUGGCUCCUGGAAACAGCCUUUCGAAGCAGUGGAAAAUGGUGUAUUCUACAAAUCCAAUACGGAGAAAAUACAAGUGCCAAUGAUGAAGACUACGGGGACAUUCAAGACCAGUUCGCUCCCAGAUUUAGACAGUGAAGCCAUUUUGUUACCUUAUGAUGGCGGACGAUACGCACUCCUGUUGGUAGUGCCACGUUCACGAGACGGUCUGACUCGUCUCACUGCUGACUUGCCUUCCGUUCCUGUCUCCGAAAUACAAGAAACACUUCAAGACGAAGAAUUACAAGUGUCUUUGCCGUUGUUCAACGUGGAGACAACUACUAAGCCAAUUGCGGCUUUAGCCAAGUUUGGAGUGAGUAACAUAUUUAGCCGAGAAGCUGAUCUCUCUGGUGUAUCGCAAGACGAGGGCUUGUUUGUUCAAGAGCUCGUGCAACAUGUCGCCGUCCGCGUGGACAAUGCUGAUUCAACUGCGAACGAACUUUCCGUUGCAAUCCCCGGAGUGCAAUCGCUAAAGAACAUCCCUCUCUACGAGGAGAGAUCGCCACGCCGCUUCUAUGUGGAGCAUCCAUUUAUCUUCUACAUCAUCGACCGUCUGGACAACCUAGUUGUAGUUGCUGGUAAAAUUAUUGAUCCAAAACAACCUACACCGUUUAGAGUUUAAAAUGCAGAAAUAUGUUUGCAUUUUAUAAGGAUAGGUUAUAUUUAAGCUGCUAUAUUAUAAUGGCUUGUUUGCUUUUAUACUUUAUCUGAAUUAUAUUUUAUUCCGAUAAGGAUUACAUUAUUUAAGCCCACCCCCUUAUAAUUCCUUUUUUGGAUAUUAUCAUUAGUGUCUAUGUUUUGUAUUUCGUUCAAUACUUUUGCUGUGAGAUUAAAAUGUUUUAGAUGAUCCUUAUAUUUUUAUACCUGCAUUUGAAUGAAAACCAGAAGCAUUUGAUAACGAAAAAGUACACAGCGUAGAUUAAGUUAACUUAAGUUUUUUAAUUUAUUAUUAUUUUUUUAUGAAUGUUGUGAAUUGUGAUAACGAUAUAGAAUAAAUUAUUUAUUUUC